CCCUCCUCCUGCUCCUGCUCCUCCUCCCGCUCCUCCCCUCCGCGGGACUGAUCGCCGAGCCUCCCGCCUGCAAAGUCCCCGGCGCGCCGGCAGCUACCAGCCGCCGUCUCUGCUGGAUCUCCGUGGGUGCCUGCGCCCCAGCCUCGUCCGCCUGCCCCGAGGCGCCCCCCUCCCUCCCGGCUCGCUCCGCCGGCCGCCGGUGCUCCGCGGCGCUGCCCAUGGCCCAGCCCGAGAGCCGACUUCGGGCGCCGGACCGGCUGGACCGCGGCGCAGCUCAGUGACCGGCGGCCCGCGACACCCAUGUGUCACUGAUCGGGAGGCUCUCCCCGCGGCAGCGCUUCAUGACCCAGCGGCGCCCGGCCCAGUGAAGCCACCAUGGUGUCCAGCACAGCGGCGCUGCUCCUGGGCGCCGUGCUCCUGGUGGCCCAGCUGCAGCCCGUGCCUUCCCGCCCUGCCGCCGCCGCCGCCGCGCCCGGGGCCGAGCCGGGCCAGCCGGAGCUGCCGCGCAGAGCGGCCACCGUCCAGGGCGACGGCCGGGACGGCGCGCCCCCCAACGGCUCGGCGCAGCAGCUGCCGCAGACCAUCAUCAUCGGCGUGCGCAAGGGCGGCACGCGCGCGCUGCUGGAGAUGCUCAGCCUGCACCCCGACGUGGCGGCCGCCGAGAACGAGGUCCACUUCUUCGACUGGGAGGAGCACUACAGCCAAGGCCUGGGCUGGUACCGGGGCCAGAUGCCCUUCUCGUCCCCGCAGCAGCUCACGGUGGAGAAGACCCCCGCGUACUUCACGUCGCCCAAAGUGCCUGAGCGCGUCCACAGCAUGAACCCGGGCAUCCGGCUGCUGCUCAUCCUGCGCGACCCGUCCGAGCGCGUGCUGUCCGACUACACCCAAGUGUUCUACAACCACGUGCAGAAGCGCAAGCCCUACCCGUCCAUCGAGGAGUUCCUGGUGCGCGACGGCCGGCUCAACGUGGGCUACAAGGCGCUCAACCGCAGCCUCUACCACGUGCACCUGCACAACUGGCUGCGCUUCUUCCCGCUGCGCCGCAUCCACGUCGUCGACGGCGACCGCCUCAUCAGGGACCCCUUCCCCGAGAUCCAGAAGGUCGAGCGGUUCCUGAAGCUGUCGCCGCAGAUCAACGCCUCGAACUUCUACUUUAACAAAACCAAGGGCUUUUACUGCCUGCGGGACGGCGGCCGGGACCGCUGCUUGCACGAGUCCAAAGGCCGGGCGCACCCCCGAGUGGACCCCAGACUCCUCAGUCAACUGCACGAAUACUUUCACGAGCCAAAUAAGAAAUUCUUCGAGCUUGUCGGCCGGACAUUUGACUGGCACUGAUUAGCAAUAAAGUGAGGCGCGGGACCUUUCCCGUUGUAAGUUCUGGUGUACGUCUGGGGGAGAGAGAGAGAAAGAAGAAUUUUAAAAGGGCAUUUAAGCUAUAAUUUAUUUGUAAAGUCCAUAAAUUACUUCUGUACAGUAUUAGAUUCACAAUUGCCAUAUAUACUAGUUAUAUUUUUCUACUUGGUAAAUUGAGGGCAUUUUGUAUUGUUUUUCAUGGUUGUUAACAUUGUGUAAUAUGUCUCUAUAUGAAGGAACUAAACUAUUUCACUGCAAAAAAAAAAAAAAGCAACAAAAAAAAAAAAACCACAGAAAUCUGGAGACCCUGUCUUUUUUGAAUAUGAUUAACUUGCCCCGACUCAAAA